AAAUAUUUACCAGAAAUAUGAAACACUUUUCAGCCGCCAAACCGGAAGAAGUAUUCCGAAUGAGGCCACAGUCAAUUUUCACUUCCUGUUUACAUUGGUUACUCUUUACAGGUGUUUCGUAUUAAGGUGAGAAAACCUCUGCAAUGAUUGAUUGUAAACCUAGGCCUUAUCCUGGAUACAACCCUGGAGGAGAAGCAGAAACCCCUCGCCCAAACGCUCGAGUGAAGCCAGAAGCGGAGGAGUUUGCCAACAGAGGUCAUGGUUCUCUCGAUUUGUUCGCAUCAACACCAAGGUAUAUUCCGGACUCAGCUCGAGAGCCUCGUUGCCCUGGAAGCGAAGCGAGAAACAAUUACGAGUUAGGUCGCAACGGAACUGCUAAUAAACUUUUAUAUGGACAGGCCACGCCUCGAAAUGACGAGCCAGCGGUGCCAAGAGUUAAAGACGAGGCAAGACCAAUAGCAGAGGGACACCAAGGCAAAGCGACAUCGGCAUUGUUCAAUUCUUACGGCAGAUUACCGGGUGAUACCCCACGAGCAACACGUGUUAAACCGGAAGCAGCAGAAACAGCAGAGCAACAUUGCGGCGGAAGAAUGAACAGUUUAUUACACGAUCCCAAAAAGCUUCCAAACUCAGCACGUUCUGUGCCUCGGGUCAAGGUCGAGGCAUUAGCAAACGCUGAACUUGACCGAGGUGGACAGAUGAAUAAAACUAUCUACAGUUACGGUUCUAAUUCGUCACGCGCUGAACACAUGCCUCGUGUUAAACCGGAAGCAUCAGAUAACGCGGAAAAGGGAAGAGGGUAUAUGGGGACGCUAAUGGGGAAAUAUGGUAAAUUACCACUUGAUGAACAGCCAGCUCAGAAAGUUCGUGGGGAAGGUGGGGAAAAUGCCAGUCUCGACAAAGGUGGGAGAAUGUCUCGUCUGAUGCAUGAAGGAAGUCGUUUACCACAAGACCCUAAGCCACCACCAAGGGCUAAUAGCAAGGCUGCGAAACACAUUCUGAGGGCAAGCAGAGGUCAAAUGGCCAAACUGUUUGCAGAACAAGGUAAACAUCAGACAGUUGCCAAAGCGGGAACCAGAUCAGCGUCAGCUAUGAAAGUCUACUAGUCAGAGACGUUUUAAUAAUAAAAAUGAGUUUCCUGGUUGAUUAAGUGCUUUAUACGCUGGGCGGAGCGAAACAGUUGAACAUUUUUACAAUCUAGAUAGAUGUGCGACUGUACAGACGACACAGAUUCGUGUCUGGAAGGGUCACAUACUGUACAUUCUUUACAACCUUGCUGCCUUAUUGCCGGUGAAUUACAGCUGUCAUAGGAAUCUAUGUUUCGCAGCAAUAUCAUGCUUAGUAGAUACAUGCAAAUUCAUUUUAAUAGCUCAGCUGUGUUUGAUAUCACCGCCAAAGUUUAAACUCGUGACUCCUGUAUGUAGCCUGUCUCAAACGCCAGGAUGAUAUUAAGCGCUUUAGUUCUCGGAUUGUUUCAUAGAUUGUGGUUACAUAGACAAUGAAUGUCAAUUUUCUUUGUUUGAAAGGGGAAAUUCUCAACUUUAUUUUAUCUUCUGACACACAGCAAAGACAAGUAAUUCUUGCGACAGAAUCAUUUGCUCAUUACACCAAGUACAAUCAUACAAUCAUAUUCAUAUAAUAAAGACUGUGUACUUGUAAUUGCUUGUUUUUGCUCAAAUUAUAAAACAAACACUGGUAUACACGUUUAGCUUUAUUUUCAAUUUCUUCUAACUUCUAACCUAAUACUCUUGCUUGAUUAAACUUAUUACUAGUAGAUAUUAGUGCAAUAUUCUCGGAUUUUUAACAUUUAUUAAUGUAGAUAUAUAGGGUAAACAGUCUCAUAGUUUUGAGGAAUUUAUUUUGUUGUUUUAAAUUUUAGGUAAUAAAUAAAUGUAAAAUGUUA